AAUCCGGGCCGUCCACUUGGCGUGGAUCCACGGUCAGAGUCUUGAGUGACAGUCACCAGCCACUCUCGUUCCGUUGAGGCUCACAGUCGGUGAGGUGAGGUGAGGUGCGGUUCGUCUGUCUGCCUUGCUCUCCGUCAGGUUCUUUCGAUUUUCGAUUUUCAGGUGUGGGAAUUCAGUCUCCGCUUCACUGUUAGACCGUAUUUUGUUUUUCUCUUUUUGAAGGAAGAAUUUGCAUCCCUCUAUUAAGUUAAGAGGGUCUAUCUUGAUGGCAUCUUCUGCAAUAAAAUCCGGAGCAUUGGUUGCUCUACGGGAUCUACAUCCAUCUUCACAAUACUACAGUCAAGGGACUUCACUUAGAGUUACUGGAAAGCUACAAGAGUAUUCUGUGGAGACAGCCAUCGCCAUUAUUGCUGAUGGAAGUGCCAACCUGAAGAUCAAUACCCAACACAUUAGGGAUCUCAACUUUCGAGUUGGCUCCAUCUACCAGUUUAUCGGAGAACUGCUUAUUCACACUGAUAAUGAGGCGGUAUUACAGGCUCGCGUGGGUAGGAAUGUCGAUGGCAUGGACCUCAACCUCUAUCAUCAAUCUCUCCGACUAUUGAAACAGUUUCAGGCCAAUCAAUAAACCAACAUGAAAAGUUGAUACAUAUUCUGAUUUGGGAAAAUUUUACCUGCAGAUUGUAACUGAUUUUGGUACCAAAAUAGAAACUAUUAGAAGGAUGUUUGUGUUUCACAUAUUGUUCUACCCUCCACUGGUUGUUGAUUGAUAGAAGGGCAAACAAGAAAAGAGAAAAAGAAAGUGCAAUUUCGGACGA